AUGGCGGCGGUCGCGGAGCAGCAUGCUCCCGCGGAGCUUGAGGAGCAGGAGAUGAUGGAGGAGGAGGAGCACGGGGCGGAGAUGGCGACCCCCAUCGCGCGUCUCCAGGACUGCGGAGUGGCGGCGUCGGACGUCAAGAAGCUGAUCGAGGGAGGAAUGCACACUGUGGAGCGCGUCGCGCACGCCUCGCGCAAGGAGCUCAUGGCCGUCAAGGGCAUCAGCGAGGCCAAGGCCCAGAAGCUCCACGAAGCCGCGUGGAAGAUGGUCCCGAUGGGGUUCACGCCGGCGACGAUCGUGCAGCAGCGCCGCGAGGCGCUGGUCACCAUCAGCACUGGCAGCAAGGCCCUCGACGACGCGCUCGAGGGCGGCAUCGAGACCGGCUCGAUCACGGAAAUCUACGGAGAGUUCCGGUGCGGCAAGACGCAGCUGUGCCACACGCUGUGCGUGUACGCGCAGAUGUCGAUCGAGUCCGGCGGCGCGGAGGGCAAGGUCCUGUACAUUGACACCGAGGGCACCUUCCGCCCGAACCGCGUCGCGCAGAUCGCCGAGCACGUCGGCAUGAGCCCGCAGGACGUCCUCGACAACGUGGCCUACGCGCGGGCGCACAACACGGACCACCAGAUGGACCUCCUCGGCGCGGCGGCGUCGAUGAUGGCCGACACGCGCUUUGCGCUGAUCGUGGUCGACAGCGCGACGUCGCUGUACCGCUCGGAGUUCAACGGGCGCGGGGAGCUGUCCGCGCGGCAGGUGCACCUCAACCGGUUCCUGCGCGGGCUGAUGCGCCUGGCGACGGAGUUCUCGGUGGCGGUGGUGGUGACCAACCAGGUGGUGGCGAACCCGGACGGGGGCGCGGCGGCGAUGUUCGCGGGCCCGCAGAUGAAGCCGAUCGGGGGCAACAUCAUGGCGCACGCGUCGACCACGCGGCUGUGGCUCCGGAAGGCCAAGGGCGACAACCGCAAGUGCACCAUCGUGGCCAGCCCGCACCUCCCGGAGCGCGACGCGAUGUUCGGGAUCGGGCCGCAGGGGAUCAAGGAGGCGGACGACUGA